CGCGGCACUAAGGGGUGCCGUGAGAUCUUUUGAGGGUGCCGCCAAAAUUUCGGGGAAAAAAUUGCAUUCUCUCUUGGCGGGAGAGGGGGAGGGAGGGGACUACCGAUGCACUCGGAGAAAGCAUCGAUCAAGGUUUGCUCUAACUCGCCCGGCUCUUUUUAUUUUAUUUUAUUAUUAUUAUUAUUUUAAAAAAGAACCCCCUUCUUCAAUUCAGACUCGACUUCGCGCGCACGCGCGAGACCAGAGGAUCUCGUUACAAGGGCUGUGAAGUGACGCUAUCCGAUCAACGCAUGCGCAAAAGGCGUCUCGAGGCAAGACACCGCUCUCUGCGCAUGCGCCAAGCACUGACCUCAGGAAAAUUUUUGCUCCGAGAAAUUGUGGGCGGGAGAAAUAAGAACUGCGGCCAAAAAAGAACGCGUCGCCGCAGUUGCUGCACUUAACGCGUCUUUUUUUUUCUUUUUUUUUUUUGCGCACCUCCGGCUUUUGGUUUCCUGGCAGCAGCGCCGGGUUUGUGGAGAGCGAGGACGAGGGUCAGAGCAGCCUCGAGGGGGUUGACGUUGAGGUACCGUAUCCCGUAUAUACAGUACAGUGGCUGAGUCAGUGUGUGGACGUGUCAAUUUUAGGCUAUAAUCUUCAGAUCUGCCCUGCCCUUUGCAUUUGGAUAAGUGAAAGCAACAUGGUGACUCAACCAUGGGUACAUUUGUAUUGACUAGUGAUACGGUUGGUCUAUAGGUGUAGGAAAGAACUGAAUGGAAGCAGACCUGGGAGAUGAGGUCCAGAGGAACUAAAAACAGCAAUCCAAGUUAGCAUAUUGCAGGCAUAAAUAGCUUUUCUAUAAUAUUUUGCUUGCUGUGAUGAAUGCAGUGGAUAUAUAUAUGAGAAAGCGGGGAAAUGAUAAAAUACUUUGCAUGUUCAACCCUUCAUCCUUGAUUUCUGACUGCAAGAGCUUGGCUCACAGUUUCAGUUGCUACCAUCCCAGUGGUGGCUUCCCAGUCACAAAGUAAGUUUACUCUAACAUCUUUAUUCAAUAUUGUAUCACACAGCUCCAACCUUUGCAAUGAACCUGUGCAGGAAUCUUAGUUGCACAGACUCUGCAUUUCACCUGCUACAGCUUUAUCCUCUUGCUUCAAUUAGUAUUUACACUGAAAGGCUCCUUGUGGUCUGGGAGUGUAGCGGAAGUGAAUUUUUAGAAAAUUACUUAGUCGUCAGAAUCAGGCCUGUCAGCAGCCCCAACAGCUGCAGAACUGUUGACCUUGGCUAGGGAUAACGGAGUAAAUGAAAAACCCCAAAGUCUUGGACUGGGCCCCGGCCUCUCCUUUUAUACAAUGGCUUCUCUUCCUACUGAGUCAGCAGCCGUCAGGGAAUCCUUGGCUGAUUGAGAGGUAAGGGAUCAUACAAUCCAUUUCCUCAUAUGUGAUUUCAAAUGUCUUCUAAUGUCACUUAAUUAUCAUUAAUGUGACAUAAACCAUGACCUUAACACCUGUAUAUGAAAACAACAAUGGUUGGGUAAUACUGGAAGAUUCUGUAAAUCAGAAGUGAGCAAAUGGCUUUUAUUCAGAACUUGGUGAAGUUCAAAAUUGAUUUCUUUAUUUAAUAGUCAAGGAGUGUACAACCUAGUUGUUCUUGAUCUUAUUGAUUUUGUGCAGUAAUGCCAAUAUGGAUCUAACUGGGCAAUUUGGAGAGAGUGGGUACAGGUCCUGUUAAUGUUCUGAUUUAUUUUAGGAAUACCUUGGCGUGUUUGGAAGAACUUUUAAGAAUUCAAUGGGAUGUAUACAUACAACAGGGACUGGAGGCACUCUACACUAUUGUAAAUCACAAAAUUAGCUUUACAGCAAGUGGACAACCUUUUUGAUAGUUAGAAGUCAUCUCAACAUUUGAGAGCUGGGUGGAAUUUUAUUUGCUUACUAAGGCUAUUAGAAAGGUUGGUACAGGUUUCAUGCCUUCUUGUGAAGUGGGGCCAUAAGUAUCAGAUGGGUCUGUUGAUCGCGUACCUGGCUCCUUGCUACGUGACUACAGCCCUGCCUGAGCUGCUGGAGGUGCUUGCCGGGGUGGCUGUUGAGAUCCCCAGACUUUUGGUCAUGGGUGAUUUCAACUUGCCAUCGGCCGGCUUGUCGUCAACAGUGGUUCAGGAGUUCCAGGCUUCCACGACGGCCUUGGACCUGAUUCAAGUAAUGGAUGGCCCUACUCACAUGGGGGGAUCCGCGCUGGACCUGAUUUAUAUCUCUGGACAGUGGUUUAAUGAUCUGGUAGUAAGAGAUUUAGUGACGAUACCGGUGUCAUGGUCAGAUCAUUUUCUCCUCCGCCUAGACUUUCAGACCGCUACCCACCACCGCAGGGAGACGGAACCAAUGCGUUGGUUCCGUCCCAGGUGCCUGAUGGACCCUGAGAGGUUCCAGACAGAGCUUGGGCCAUUUCCUGAGGAUCUUGCCCACGGCACAACCGAAGAACUAGUGGCGGCCUGGGAACAGGCCGCGGCUGGGGCUUUGGACCGUGUCGUGCCUUUGCGGCCUCUGACCCGGCGCAGAUCUCAAUUAGCUCCUUGGUUCUCUGAGGAGCUGAGAGAGAUGAAACGCCGGAGAAGACGCCUAGAGAGUGUCUGGAGGUCCAGCCGUUCCGAAGCUGAUCGGACACUAGUUAGGUCUUUCUCAAAGACCUACCUAGUGGCACUGAGGGUGGCGAGGCGUGCUUACACUUCCUCCCUCAUUGCGUCGGCAGAUAACCACCCGGCCGCCCUGUUUCGGGUGGCCCGUUCCCUCCUUCACCAGGGGGGACGGGAUGACCCCUUACAGGGACGUGCCGAGGAGUUUAGCGGUUAUCUAUACGAUAAAAUCGCUCAGCUUCGGGAUAGCUUGGACCAAGAUUGCGAUGAUCUGGAUGAGAUGACUGAGGCGCGUCUUGCUGAUGUUGUUUGGGAUGAGUUUGAUUCUGUGGCUCUCGAGGACGUGGACAGGUUGCUGGGGGGGCUGCAUGCCACUACAUGUUUACUGGACCCGUGCCCCUCCUGGCUGGUGCUGGCCACUCAGGAUGUGACACGAGGCUGGCUCCGGGGUAUUAUAAAUGCUUCUUUGAUGGAAGGGAUCUUUCCCGCCGCCUUGAAAGAGGCGGUGGUGAGACCCCUCCUCAAGAAGCCUUCCCUGGACCCAGCUAUUUUGGGUAAUUAUCGUCCAGUCUCCAACCUUCUGCAUGUGGAGCAGCAGUUAGAAGUGGAAGAAAUACAGUGGUGCCUCACAGAGGAAAAAGCAUCUGGAGCAGAUCUUAAUGAUACUGAUUUUAUAGAGUGCCAGUCCAGUGUAGCAGUUAAGGUGCUGGCCUAA